UUUUGUUGGACCACUUAUACAAUUAAUUGAAGCACCGGAUUCAAAAUCUGAAGAGAAUAAUCUAUGCACUGAAAAUGCAAUUAGUGCCAUUACUAAGAUUAUGAAAUAUCGACCUGAAUGUUUGCCGGCAGCAUUGGGAGGCCUCGACGCUUUAAUUGUCAGAUGGUUAGGAUGGCUUCCUAUAUGGGAUGAUACUGUAGAGACUGAACAUGUAUACGGCUAUCUUUGUGAUCUUAUUGAAGCUAACAAUCCUGUUGUCAUUGGACCGGAUAAUUCCAACCUACCCCGUAUUGUUCGUGCUAUUGCUGAAUCCAUGUCUACUGGCGGUUUGUCAGAUACAAACACAGAAGAAAAUCGAUCAAAAUUGGAAACUGGUAAUCAAGCUAGUGGAUUUAAUCAACAAAACGGUUUAGAAAAACCUUCCGCUUAUCAACGAUGCGUAUCCAUACUGCGUCACAUUCAAUCUAAUUCAUCAUUGGUAGAAGUAUGCGUAAGUCAGUUGAAUGAAGAACAACGUAAAGCCCUUGGAGUUGCUCUAAUGGGUCGUUAAUAUACAUAUAUAUAUAUAAAUAAUAAUUGGUGAACAAAAAACGUACACACACACACACACUUCAUUCAAUCGAUUUUUUUAAAAUGCCUAUUCUGAAUUGUUCAUAGAAAUCAAAAUUUUAAAAAAAAAUGUUUAUUUGAUUUUUCUUUCUUCAUGACUAAACUAUCUUUCCAAUUUCCCUCUUUAGAAUAUUAUUACCUAUCAAUUUACUUUAUUUGAUGUUUUAUAGAUUUUGUAAAUUAUUCUCAGAGUGUAGAAUAAGCACAUUUUCUUCUAUUUGCAAAUUGUAUUUUUUUUUUGCUUUCCCCCAUUGGAAAUGAUCGUUUUUGGUUUGUUUUGUGUUAUGUGUGGUCUUCUGUCAACUAAGCUCAACUAGCUAGCAAGCGAUCGAGCUAUACGCGUAUCAAAAAAAAGAAAAGUUCCUUUUUUUCGAAAAGAAACUAUAUAUAUAACAAAUCAAUCAGAUUCAAAUUAUGACAUUGUGUUCACAAUGCCUCUAACUAAGCAAGCAUAUGUGUCGUUUAUGUUCAUAUAUAUAUAGAUAUAUAUAUAUAUAUACAUGUAUGUAUGUAUUGGUGGUAUUUGUUUUAAUGUGUUCUCCGAGUUGAUAUUUUUUUCUCUCCUCAUAUGUGCUUUCCUCACCUAGAUGAUGAUGAUGAUGAUGAUGAUUUUCUCCUCGUACAUGAUGAAUGAGGAAGGCUGAUAUAAUAAUAAUAAUAAUUGUAACAUAUGUGGACUUAAUAAUUUAACUAACCGGUUCCAUUUCAGUCAGUAACUUUGAUAUUCAACA